AUGGAACUUGACUGCGAAGCAGAGGGGCCACGGACGCGGGCCUCCGCACUUCCUCCUGCCUCCUCCUCUUCUUCCUCAUCUUCUUCCUAUUCCUCUUCAUCUUCGUCCUCCUCUUCUCCCUCCUCUCCAUCUUCUUCCUCCUCUCCAUCUUCUUCCUCCUCUCCCUCUUCUUCCUCCUCUCCCUCUUCUUCCUCCUCUUCCUCUUCUUCCUCCUCUUCCUCUUCUUCCUCCUCUUCCUCUCCUUCCUCCUCUUCCUCUUCUUCCUUCUCUUCCUCUUCUUCCUCCUCUUCCUCUUCUUCCUUCUCUUCCUCUUCUUCCUCCUCUUCCUCUUCUUCCUCCUCUUCUUCCUGCUCUUCCUCUUCAUCUUCUUCCUCCUCUUCUUCCUGCUCUUCCUCUUCAUCUUCUUCCUCCUCUUCGUCCUCUUCUUCGGCGCGUUCUCGGUGCUGUCUCGUGUGCCGGAGUGGUGGCCUAGCCAGGGGAGGAAGAGCUGACGGGCUCUACUUGUCUCCGUGUUGGCGGGGGUCUUUGCCUCCUACCGUGGAAAGGCGUCUCGACGACCUCGCGAUCAUCUUCUUCGUCCACAACUGCCUCCACUGCGCCUCGGAAGGAGACAAAGAAGAGGAAGGCGACCCGUCUCGGCCCCAGGACGGGAAGCAGACCCGGCGACAUCCUCACGGCGCACCUUCCCCGAACGACUCCCGCCUCUCUUCUUUCCCUUCUUUCUCUUCUUCCACCUCGUCGCUUCCUUCCUCUUCCGCCUGUGGCCGCGCGAGAGCUGCCGCCAGAGAGAGGCCGGCCCCUGCGCGCGGGUCACGGGCGACAACCAGUGAAGGCGAGUUGCGGGGGCGUCAUGACGCAUGCAUCUCAGCCUCUCGUUCGCAGCGGCCGCCGUCGCGCGCUGCCUUGCUCCGGACCUACUGCCAAGGCUUCGCAGUUCUCUUCUCUGCCGGUGAUCUUUCCUUCUUCGAGGGCGAGGAAGAAGGCGUGUGGAGCGAGGACGACCGCCUUUUGCAGUCCCACACGCUGUCUGCCUUCGACGCCUGUUGCCUCCACCGCUUCGUCGCCUCUCCGACUCCGGCUUGCGCGUCUUCUCGCUGCCCACACGCGGCACGCUGGUGCGCUCAAAGAGAAGAGGAGGCGGCGCCGUCUGCGUCGCGCCGUGCCUCCGCGCCUCCUCCGUCCACCUCUUGUUCUCCGGCUUCCUCGUUGCUCUCCGGCUCUCGCGCGCUCCUGCGGCUCCACCAGCAGUUCGCAAAAACACCCACGGGUGUCUGGGCGUGGCGCGCCUUGCAAACGUCGCUGCUGCGCGGCGCGGACUCGCUGGCCGUCUUCUUCGCCGUGUUGAGGGAAACCUUUUCUCUUCUCGAGAAACCGAAUCGACGCUCGCCGCCGCGCUUCGUCAGCGACUUGCUGCUGCCGCUGAGCCGCUGCGGCGCGCCCGCGCUGAAAGAGAGAGCGAGGCGGAGGGCGGCAAAGCGUGAGAGGGCGACAAACUGUGCGGGGACGAAUGAGACGAGGGAGACGAAGCAGGAAGACGCCUGCCAAGGCGGUGGGUGGCGAGAAGGCGACGCAGGCAGUGAGGCCUGUGGCGCUGAGAUGGCGAAGGAGAGAGACAGCAUCAGGGGACACUCGCCUUCGUCUCUCUCGUGGUCGCGCGAAGGCUGCACAUUCGCAGAUUGGGUGGCUGACGCUCUGGGUCCGCUGGCGAGGGACGCGGCGACGAACUUUCAGGAGGUUCUUCAGCUGCACCAUUUCCUUCGGUUCCUUCUUUCGCCUCGCACGGAAGCGAGCACGGAAGCGAGCACGGAUAGUUCGCUUUCGUCGACGCCUGCUUCGCAUCUCUGUGGCCUCGCGUCCUCCUCUUUUUGCCCGUCCUCCGUCGCUGCUUCUUUUCUCCCCUUUUACGCGGAGGCGCUGGAAGCAGUUCCGAACGGCCUUCACUCGUCGAUGGCUACCAUCCGGGAGGCUGCUUGCGUCGGGGAUGUAGAAGCCGCCGCGGGAGCGACGCUGGCUUCUCUUUCUUCUCGUUCUUCUUCUCGGUCUUCUCUUUCUUCGUCUCUUUUCGCGGAGGCCGAAGAGGCGGGGCUGGAGGCCGGCCUGCUGCCGCCGCUUGCCGUGUCGCUUUUGGGGUGGUUCUUCUCCGAAGACGAGGACCAGGAAAGAGAGCUCGCAAGCAGGCAGAUGCUGCAAGUGACCACGUUGCUCCGUCUCAAGUUUUUCAUCAAGAAGCUGCCAGGUGCCCUACAAACGGGACGCCUCAGAGACGCUUCUCGCCUCGUUCAGCAAGCCUUUCAGACUUGUCCCUCCUACGGCGGCGAGCUGAUGCAUGCGGCAGCUUUGAGUCUGAUCGCUGUUCAGGAAGGUGAUCCGGCACACGCUAUCCGUCUCCUCUCUUUCGCUUUCUCGCGGGCGUGUCUUCUUCUUUCUCUUUCUGUGUCUUCCGUGGAGGCGAGUUGCGGGGGGAAGGGCGAGAAGAAAGAAGAGCCGCCACCACUCGCCGGCCUCCACGCGUGCGAAGGGAGCGGCUUUUUCUCGUCGCUCUUGUCCUCGAUUCCUCUCUCGAUCCGGGCGGCGACGCACUGCGCUGGCGCGAGCGGCGGAGACACGCGAUCCAAGGGCGCAUUCUUUCUCUUCAACGCCAGGCAUCCUGUUUCGCCCUCCGCGUUGUGCCUCUAUGUCCUAGGCUUUCUCAGUGUGCGCAUGGCUCGCCUCCUUCUUUCUUUCCCUCACCUUCUCUCUUUCCUCACUUGCGAACCUAUGGACGUGCUGUUCGCUCUCUAUCCCUCGUCGCCCUCUCUCGUUCCACUCCCCGGUCUGCUUCCCGCUUUCGGCUGCAUGCGCUCCGCACCAGCUGGCGAGAGCCGGGACGCAGCGACGGAGGAGCCCUGUCCGCGAGGGAGGGGAACGGUCUCCGCGGCUUGUCGGCCGUGCAGACCGUCUGUCUCCCUCUCGGCUGUCUCUUCGCCGGGGGAAGGGCGAACCAAAACCGAGGCCCCGGGAAGCGGUGCACGCUCCAGACUCCACCCUGGGCCAGCUACAGGAAUCGGAGCUCGGCAUGCGGCUUCCGGCUUGCGCUCGCGGUUCCUUCUCUUCUCGCCCGCACAGACGGCCCGACUCGGCUCUGCCGGCGCCUCAGCGGCGGAAGGGGAGGAGGCAGCGUCUGGGCAGAGCGAGGCGCGGGGAUUUGGGGUGCCUCGCGCAGAGAGAGGAGCGAGCGCGGCCCUCCCGUUCUCUGCUUCGCUUUCGCCCUUCACCGAGGAGUUAGGUUUCACGGGGAACGGAGAGCCUGUCCGGGCUGGGAAGAGGCGAAGAGUGAAUGGAGAGAGCAGCGUUUCCGGCGAGGCAGGCGACUGGAACCUGUGGGGUUCUGCUUUCCGACAGUCUCAGGAUCAGCCUCCCUCCGACAUCGAGGACGGGGAAGGACAACUCGGAGUCUCAUCCCCAGCGCGUCUCAGACACCAGCCUGAGAGGCGCCCAUCCGACGCAUGCAGUCCCUUUUCUUCGGCUUUCCCACUAGGUCGCGUGUCCCUCCUGUCUUCUUCCCCUCUCACGUACACUCCAUCGCUGAGCGCUUCUCUUCCAGUCUUUUUUUGCCACGCCCGAGCUCUGUACGAAAGCAGACUGCGCAGCAAUCGAGGUUCAGUGGCGGGCGUCGGCUACAGCAGCCUUCAGCUGUCCUCGCUUGAGGCGUUUCUCUGGCACGCGACGAAGAGGCUGAAGCGGAAGAGCGAUACCGCGCGAGAGCGCGAAGUGGAAAGAAAGCGAUCUCGAGGCCUCCCGACGGUGGGCGUUUUCGGCGCGAGAAAGCCGGGAGAAGACGAGCGCAUGAGGGGGAAGGGGGAAGGGGGGGAGAGGGACGAAACAGGCCAAGGUCGGGAUGCCUCCUGGUCGGCCGCGUGGAGAAAGAAGCAGCGGGCUCGAAAGGUUUUGCUGGGGGCUGCCUGGACAGCGGCGAAAGAGAACGUACACGAGAGUGCGAGGGAGACAGGCGUGCGGAACCCGUCGGAAAGCCCUUCCCUUCCUUCUCGCGCGUUCAGGAUGAACAGCACGCAGAAAUGCGAGUCGUCUUCGCCGGCGCCCGCUUGCUCCGCCCACACGGCCCUUGUAGCCAGCAAUCUCUUCCUGACGCUUGCGUCGCGGUGUUGUGAGUUGUUGAAUCUUCCCCGCGUUGCGCAGGCGUCUUCGUCUCUCCUUCAGGACAUCGACGCACAUUCGCUGCGUGUUUCUUCCUCUCCGCGUUUUCUGCCUUUCUCUUCGUCCGUUUCCCGAACGUCUCUGCCUUCCGCCCUCCCCGCGUCCAGCGGCUCUGCCCCGGGGAAUCCGCAGUCUUCGUCUUCUCUGACCGCCUCGCGCCCGUUUCCCUUUCGACCUUCGUGCUCUGCUCAGCAGUCUAGCUCGCUUCUUCUUGUCUGUCGGCAGUUGCAACUGAAGUGUCUCGUGGCGUCUCUCGUAUCGGUAUGGAGACAGCGGGACGGGCGAGACCAGACGCGUCGCACGCGAGAGCCGACGCGCCGCUCUCGGGGCCCCGAAGACGAAGAGGCGCAAGCUGUUUCUGCCUCUCGACCGACCUUGUCCCUCCUUUCCGAAAGAGAGCUCCUGCACGCCGUCUUUUCGCUUCUUUCUUCCUUUGUAGGGGUUAGACUGCGGAACGAAGAGCCGCAGGCAUGUCUCCCGGAGCCCGAACCUGGCAAAGGCCAAGGCAAAAACGCCUGCAUGCAGCCCGGCACGUUCUGGACGGCUGUUCGCGUCGCGAAUCUCAGCCACCAAGAAGGCUGGGACGUCCUGACUAUUCUUUGCGCCAGUCUGUCGGCAAGACGCCCGGAGGACCGAAGGGCGGAAGACCUCGAAGGCCGACUCCCUGUUUGCCUCGAGGAAUACAGGCGAGCAGAAGCUGGCCUGCGGCGGGACGGCUGCGCACUACGCAGUCUGGCUUCUCGUCGACGACAAACGCCUUCCAGAAAAAUCAAUGGAGGAAGCAGAAACCAAGAGCUAGGAACAGAAGCGAUCUACAGCGGAGCAUGUGGCGACGCACGCCGAGAGGAAGAGACUGCAGAAGGCACCGAACGGGGCAUCGACAGGAUAGGUCCGGAAGGAGAGACACACGCGGUGGACGAAGCAGAAAUACGAGCAGGAGCAGACGACGGAGUAGGUUGUUUGUCGUGUACAGAUGAGUUGUCGCCUUUUCGACGGUGCCAUCUCGGCCAAGCGCUCCACGUUCAAACAGCCUAUAGGCUGUCGGCGAUGGCAGGAGCGGCUCUUGAAAUCCCCGUCGACUCAGCCCUGCAGGCUUCGCCGGUCUGCUCGUCCCCUAACGGCAUCCAGCUAGCCGUGGGCAGCGGAGAGGGCCAAGGAGACGCCGCGGAGAAAGAAAGAAAGGACAGGCUGCGCCGACACUGCAUCCUCGCCGCCGAUAGGGAGGCGGAGGCUGUUCUCGCUUUUUCUGGGCCGCUGUUUGGCUCGACCGAGGCCGCGGCGGAGCAUUCUUCCGCCUUCGGCGAGGAGACAGCCGAAAGUUUCGCCUUUUUGCAGGCCUUCCCGGCUCUGCGCCGGCUGCUCGCCUUCGGCGGUGGGGGAGAGACAGAAGACAGCGAAGCGCCGGACGGAGGGAGAGACGAGGACGAGUUGUUCAUUGCAGGGCAUCUGCGUCUUCUCCUGGUUCUCGUCCAUCUCCGUCGCGUUUCCCCGAUUCGUCGUCUGCUUCUUCGCCUCGACGACUUCGUGAAGAGACUGGAGGCGAGGCACGGCGUGGGGAAACCCGCGUCGACGAUUACGAGUCAAGGGGAAGUUUGCUUUCUCAAGGGCAUGGCGCUCGCUUUCCUCGCGGGCGAAGAGAAGACACACGCACGCGAGACGCUGGGCAGCGAGAAGAGUCCCCGCACGAGCUGGAACGGCGACGGAGCCAGGCGAGUCUCGACGGCGUGCACAGACGCAAGAGAGAAAGAACAGCGGACAACGAACCAGCGAACGGAUCGGCGACCUUGGUCGGCGUCUCCUGUCCUGGGGUCGUGCCGGAAGUUGACGCUUCCCUUUCCGCUGUCUGGGCAGCCAGGAGAGAGGCACACACUGCCGUUUUCUCCCUCCGGUAGGGGUCAGUCCUACCUUUCGUGUGAGGCGAGAAGGCGAGGCGCGUCUGCAGUCUCUUCGUGUGCUUUCCCCUCGCUUUCGAAUACGCCGAAACGGCCGCGGAGAUGUCUCUCUCCGCGUUAUCGCCAGCCUUCUUCUUUGGAGAGAGGCGCGCAGGCCGAAGCGGAAGACGCCGAGCAAGAAGACGGGGCAGCGGGGUGGAUCCCCUCCACAGAGGCGGCGGCGCCGUCGUCGAGAAAAAAACGCAAAGGGAGAAUCGUCGCACAAGGUGGCCAGGGAGCGUCCCCACGUGCUUUCGCGGGAGGCGCGAGGGCAGCCAAGGCGGAAGGCGAAGACGGGAAAGCCGACGGGACGGAGACAGAGCCAGCAGAAGAAUCUGUCUUUGGGACGAUUUCCGGGGUCGACCAAAGAGGUGACCUGCGCUCCGCCAGUGGAACGCCCUCGCACCAAAUGGGUUUCUGUAGCAGUCGCGACUCCGACGCGUUAUCGCCCUUCUCUGUUGCUUCUUCCGCUUCUUUGGCUUCGUCUCUGUCGUCUCUUGCGCGGCCCCGAUGUCCCGGAUCGCUGGCGUCUGGGUCUCAGCCAGCCUUCGGUCCCUGGAGAGACGCCCCGGAGAAGAGAGCCGCAGGCUCUGGAGCUGCUGAGUGGGGUAGAGACUUCUCGAUGCGCAGUGCUCCAUCCUCGCCUUCCCGGAGAGAGUCUGAGGGGCCGUCCGGCGUCUGUGAAGAGCAGGAAGAAGACGAGGAGCGACGGGCGGCCGGACCACGCGACUCACGUGCUUUGCGGGGUCUCCUUGUCUCACCUGGAGAGUCGCUGUGUGCAUCGCGGCACCGCCUGGGACGAGGCACGGAAGCGCGUCUCCGGACGGAGACAGAGAUUUUCCUUUUGCUGCUGCAUGCGCGUCGUCACCUAGAGCGCGCCCUAAACAUCUGGAAGACUGAGGGCUUCUCCGUCGGAGUCUUUGGAGGCCACCAGCAGCGGACCUGGGUGAAAGACGCAUACUGCGUGCUCUGGGCUGCCUGCGACCACGCGAGGCGGGUGCUCGAGAAGCUGGCUGAAGACGGCAUGGCCGAGGGCGCAUCUGUCGCCUUGCUGGGGCAGGAAUGGGACGUCGAAACGAAGGCGAGGGUCAGCGCGGAUCGCAGAUCGGCGGGUAACGCAGUGCAGAGCGGCGCAGGGAAUACGAUAUCGCAGGACUGCGAGUACCACGAAGACGAAGAAGAAAUUCAGGUCAAGGAAGCUCUCGCACACCAAGUCACAAGAGCGAGACAGGAAACCGUUUUCUACAAAAUGAAACUCGCGGAAGCGGCCGACCCUCACUUUCGCUUCUCCUGUGUCUUUCGCGACCAGCGCGCGAGUCACAUGGCCGAAAACAACAAGGAGGGUGAAAACAACUGA